GUUGGAGCUCUGGACUUAAAGGGGCGGAGGGAAACGACGAUGGGUACAAAGCCUCGGUGUGCGCCUGGGGGAACCGUUUCGAGCUCGUCGGCUUCACGCAGGAGGACUUUGCACGGCGGGGCGGGCGCCAAAGGGUUCAAAAGGCAAAGAUUUCGCUUCUCGCUGCUUCUGGAGCCGCUGCAUGGGUCGCGGAGCUGCGAUUCCUAAUCCGACGGCGCUGUUGCUCGGGGGACGGAGCCCCUUCCUCGCCCGUGGACCCCUCCUCCUCAGCUGAGCCUGCUGCGAGGCGAUGAUCCUGGCAGAGUAGGACAUCAUCUUCCUCCACCCUGGAAGUUUUUCCUCCCGUCUCGACUCCCCCUUUCCUCCUUUUGGAUGCUUUUUCCAGCCUCUCCCACUCCCCAUCGCCCGCCUCCUCCUCUUCCUCCUCCUCCCGGAGUAGCAGCAGCAGCAGCCGCCGUCCGGGCUGCUCCGCCAGCGCCAUGCACACGGUGCAGAAGGACACUACCUUCACCAAGAUCUUCGUCGGGGGGCUGCCCUACCACACCACGGACUCCUCGCUGAGGAAAUACUUCGAGGUGUUCGGGGACAUCGAGGAAGCCGUCGUCAUCACCGAUCGGCAGACCGGGAAGUCCAGAGGCUACGGCUUUGUGACCAUGGCUGACCGCGCUGCGGCCGAGAGGGCGUGCAAGGAUCCCAACCCCAUCAUCGAUGGCCGGAAAGCAAAUGUCAACCUGGCCUAUCUGGGAGCCAAACCAAGGAGUAUUCAAACUGGUUUUACCUUAGGAGUGCAGCAGCUACAUCCAGCUCUCAUUCAGAGACCCUAUGGGCUCACGCAUCACUUCCUCUACCCUCAAGCGAUUGUUCAGCCCAGCGUGGUCAUCCCAACCCCCGUACAGUCCAUCACAUCUCCAUAUAUAGACUACACAAGUGCGAGCCAGGCCUACACACAGUUCACCACUUCUGCCUAUGACCAGUAUCCGUAUGCCGCCUCCCCCGCAGCUGGCUUCAUGGGAUACGGCUACACAAGUGCUGUUCAGCCCCCUCUCACAGCUGCUAACCCAUCGGUAACUGCCCCCACGGCUUUUGUGCAGUACCAGCCCACGCAGCUACAGCCUGACCGGAUGCAAUAGAAGCCUGGCUUUGGGUCACCCUUCUGAGAAGACCCUUAUUUCUUUCUGCGAUAGAAUGGAAAGACACGGAGGAGCAAAGAAGAAGAAAAAUCUGAAGUCACAAAGCGGAAGGCAAAAAAGUUGUGGGUUUUUGUUUUUUGUUUUUAAAUAAAGCUUCUUAAAAACCAACCUUAUUAGGAAGAAUGCAUAUCAAUACCUAAGCUAUUUAUAGUGUUACAGACAAGUUUUAAGUCCUUGCAAAAAGACAUACACCUUGUAGCAAUGGACUUCGGUAAAAUUGUUUUUUUAAUCAAGACAGAUCUUGUUGCAAAGAUGGACUGAAAAUGACUUUUUUGUUCUUAAAGUGAAACUACAGGUUCUUGCACACUUACAGCAGUCUUCUUCCAUCUCUUAUUUUUUCACUUCCUUCUCCCACUUAAGGCUCUCCUCUAUGCACUGCAUACCCAUCCAACUCUACACUCUGGUUAUUUACCCUCAACACACAAGGUACUCGGAGAACACAGAAAUUAAAAAAAAAAAUUAAAACGUUUUCUUUUUUUGGUUGUAUUAAGAACUUUGUAAUACUCAGAAAUGCCUUACAGGAUGAAAAAAAGAACCUAUUUUAAUAUUUAUUAUGAUCUUUUUAUUCACGCGAGCUGUGAAUUGCAGAUGGAAGAAUAGAUAUAUCUGCCUUGUUUAAUUCUCAACUAAAUUAUUGUAUGUAGGUGAAAAAAGUUCCUAAGUAACUGCUAAAUCACUUUCAACUUGCAAAAAGGGAAUAUUGGCUUUAAGGACAGUGGAAUAUUCCUUUAGUCAACGCACUGUAAUUUUUCUUAUUGUACUUGUUACUCUGUUAAGAUUAUCUCAAAGUUUUAGGUAUAUUUUUUAAAUGCAAAAAUGGGGAGGGGGGAAUACUGAACAUAUUGUCUACUUUGAUGGAUCUUUUUAUUAUAAUGCUGCAGAGUCUAGAGAAAUUUUACAGUAUUUAUAUAAAAGCUAAGCAGAGCAUGGCUCAUGGACCAGCAGUGCUUAGGAGAAUGUCAAGAACAGACCAGAGUUUUAAAAAUGGUGUUACACACACUUGAACAAAAGGGUUUAAAACGUGACAUUUUUAUACCGAAUGGUACAACAACUGAUUAAGUAAAAGACCGUGUAAGUUAUGUGCAUUUUUACAAAGAAGAGCAAUAAACUAUUUUGAUUUUUAAAACAA